UGCAAAAUUAGUUAAAUAUCGUCUUACCGGACGGAAAGAUCGUGUGAGGGCACUAGUCUUAUCUUACAGAUCAUAGUGUCGGUUUCCGACUACAGGAGUGCGUGUAGUUGUGCUGGUGUAGUGUGCAGAAUAAGCACGGUCAAGAUGAUGUAUAUUGUACUAGUGAUUUUUGCUGUGACCUUACUUAAGCAUGCGGAUGCAUCAGUGAGGUGUUUUGAAUGUGCGGACAUGCCUCAUCCUCAGGAUUGCCAAGUAAUUACCACGUGUUCAUCUCACGAGAUUUGCUUCGUUGAACAGUUUGUCACGAGCGGCGGGCAAAUAUUGUACAGUUCCGGUUGCCUCUCAAAGGAGAGAUGUCAAACCAGUGGCAAACGUUCAGCAAUAUCGAACAUUGCAAAUAUCCGUAAGUCCUACCCGAUCAGUAACGCACUGUCAGCACCGCCACGUAACAGUCUGUCUAGACGACAAGACACGGGAUCAAAGACGGACAUUCCAACAUGUGUUGAGUGUUGUAACGGAGAGUUUUGUAACGUGGAGGGAUGUGGAACAACAGCGGUUCCAAGAGCGAAACGAGGUCCAAGAUGCUUUUCUUGUGAUGCGCAGGCCGACCAAGAAUCGUGCAGAGAUACUAUGCUAUGUGAUUCUGAGCAGGUUUGUGCUAUUUUCAUUCCUCUGAACAGUUUAGCACAAAACGAAUGGGCGUCUGACUGUAUGUCGGAAAGGCAAUGUAACACGAUAGUUAAUUUAGAGAUGCAGAAGUUAGGUAUUGCUAUUGGUAGACGUGAUCUGAUAACAACAAACCUGUGUCCAAGAUGUUGUACUACAGAUUUCUGUAACCACAGUUGUCGCCAAAACGUUACCGUCACACACGCUACAGCUGUACCAACAAAACCUUCAACUAAACCUACGACUAAACUAGUUGUGAAAUACCCUAUACAUCAUUCGACACAGAAUGUGCACGUUACACCAAAACCAACAGUUGCUCAUGCGCAUCAUACUACAAAAUCAAUAGCUGCACAUGGGCAUCACACUACAAAAUCAACAGCUGCACAUGCGCAUCACAUUACAAAAUCAACAGCUGCACAUGCGCAUCACACUACAAAAUCAACAGCUGCACAUAGACAUCACACAACGAAAUCCCAAACCACCGCAGCAAAAGUCAUCAUCACGCAAACGACGCAUCCUUUACCUACCACAGACCCCGCCGUCGGAUGUAAGGUCGAUGGUUACAUUUACGAUGCACCAACAAAACUGUGCCUGAAAUUUUUUGAAACUCCCAAACUGAACUGGACAGAUGCCCAGCGUUACUGUAACUCCAGUAAAGGUCAACUAGCCAUCAUCACGGGGGACCAAAAAAUUAAAGACGUGCUUGCUUUUUACAAGUCAGGCGGACACAAAAGUCCUCUGUGGGUUGGUGCUACUGAUUUUGGAAAUGGUCACGUGUUCACAUUCACCGACGGUUCAAAAAUCACGGUUGACCCGUCAAAAGGUCAAGACCUGAAAACCUCCAAUUGUCUGUACGUGUUUGGUGGAACUUACGAGGGAUUCGGUCCCUGUCCCGACCUACAUGGCUUCAUAUGUGAACGUAGUAGUACUAUUAGAGCAUGAUUAAAACUUGAUUAGAUAUCGUU